AGUGGCCUUCUGUGUAAAAGCAAGGAAGUUAUAUUCAACUUGUAUAAGCUACAGGUGUGGUCUCCGCUGGAGUACUGCGUCCAGUUCUGGGUGCCGUGUUUUAGGAAGGAUGUGAAGACACGGAACAAAAAUAUUCAGAAGAAUGGUUGCAGGGAUGGGGACCAUCAACUAUGUGGAUGAAUUGGAGAAGCUGAACCAGUUUCUCCCUGAAGAAGAGAAGAUUGAAAGGAGAAGUGAGAGAUGCUGACCGAGUGGGUGGGAAGAAACUGUCCAAACUAUCCACACGACACAAGACAGGUAGCAACUCUGCGAUACAAGUGAACUCCACAUCGAUGAAUUCCCCUCCCCCGCACUCUACAGUGAACUCAAUGGUUGGCCAUCAUUCAAUGAUCGGCUCCUCAGUGAAUGCGUCACGAUCUCUCAGUUCCUCCAUGGGGAGCUUGGCUUCCCCGGUGAAUGGAUUGGGAUCUCCGUAUCCAGUCAUCACCUCGUCAAUAGGCUCCCCCUCGGUGACCCUACCGUCAACUCCCGGCAUCAGCUACGGAGCACUCAGCAACCCCCAGAUCAACGCAGUCAACAGUGUCAGUAGUACAGAGGACAUUAAGCCACCACCGGGCCUCAGUGGACUUGGAAACAUGAACUGUUACAGCCCAAACUCAAUUGCUAAACACAUCUGUGCGAUAUGUGGAGAUCGAUCCUCAGGAAAGCAUUACGGGGUGUAUAGCUGUGAGGGCUGUAAAGGCUUCUUCAAACGGACUGUGCGCAAGGACCUUACCUACACUUGUCGUGACACCAAAGACUGCAUCAUCGACAAACGGCAACGCAAUCGUUGCCAGUACUGUCGCUACCAGAAAUGCCUGGCCACGGGGAUGAAAAGGGAAGCCGUUCAAGAGGAAAGGCAGCGGGGGAAGGAGCGAAGUGACAACGAGCUGGAGCCCAGCAGCAGCGUCAAUGACGACAUGCCAGUGGAGAAAAUUUUAGAAGCGGAACUAGCUGUGGAGCCAAAGACAGAGACAUACGUGGAUGCCAGUGCAGGAAAUUCGGUGUGUAAUGCAGAUUCCCUUCCAACUGUCUUUCUGCUUAACUCCAACGACCCAGUCACCAACAUUUGCCAAGCCGCAGAUAAGCAGCUCUUCACACUGGUCGAAUGGGCCAAGAGGAUCCCGCAUUUCUCCGAUCUCCCCCUCGACGAUCAAGUCAUUCUCCUCCGGGCAGGCUGGAACGAGCUACUCAUUGCUUCAUUCUCACAUCGUUCGAUCUCCGUGAAGGAUGGCAUCCUCCUAGCUACAGGGUUGCACGUCCAUCGCAGCAGUGCCCACAGUGCGGGCGUGGGCUCUAUAUUCGACAGAGUUCUGACGGAAUUAGUUUCAAAAAUGAAAGAUAUGCAGAUGGACAAGACUGAGUUGGGGUGUCUGAGGGCCAUCGUUCUCUUCAAUCCAGAUGCGAAAGGUUUAUCGAACCCAGGAGAAGUCGAAUCUCUGAGAGAAAAAGUAUAUGCAUCGCUAGAAGCUUUUACAAAACACAAAUACCCUGACCAGCCUGGCAGGUUUGCGAAGCUGCUCCUGCGACUCCCAGCCCUUCGAUCGAUUGGGCUCAAGUGUCUCGAGCACCUCUUCUUCUUCAAGCUGAUUGGAGACACCCCCAUCGACACCUUCCUCAUGGAGAUGCUGGAGGCCCCACACCAAAUGACAUGAUUGAAAGCUCCGAGCUCCCUCACACGUUAAAUCUGUAAAUACUUUUCGCUAAUUGUGUGAAUAGAAUUGAUACAUCAUCCGUCUAACUUGUAAAACGACACAUAUUUUGUAUCUUGAACAAGCACAGUACAGCAAUUAUUUGUUAGUUUGUACAGGGAAUUUUAAAAGAGAAACACAUCAGAAGAAUUUUAGAUUAAAGUUUUAUUCAGCGAGGAAUAAAUCAGGUUUAUAAAUCAGGAUCCAGAACAUCUCUCACACCCUCCAUCCUCAUCUCCAUUUGCUGGCUGCCUGUUUUUGCUGCGGUACUUCUCAAAAGGGACAGUUAUCUGAGUGAAUGCCCCUGUUACAGAGCCCUCGGUGUGCACAACUGGAAAGAAGGGGGAGCACACUGGGUGACUGCUUCCCUAAUGCUCCUAACAGGCAAAGCACACAUUUAGAAUAGCUGAGCAGCAGGCUGAUCCUACUGUAUGAAAUCUGUUGUAAAGGAAAGUGCCCCUCUUUAUCAAAUCCUAAAGUGGCCUUCAAGCAUGAGUAGUACGUAAGUCUCUUUAUUUACAAAAUACAUUAAUCACGCAGGUCUGACUACUGCAGAGAAAAGAGAUGUGGUGUUGAAGCUUUUCACCUUGUAUCCAUCAGGACCAAACACAAGAAUGCCAAAUCUGAAACAGUUUAGACAACACGAGAAGAGGGUGAUGAUUGGUUGUCAAGUGGGCUCUGGCACAGCGAUGCCUACACCAAUCAGAGCCCACUUGAGAACCAAUCAGCACCCUCUUCUCAUAUAGUCUGAAUUGUUAUUCCCUUUCAGAUUUGGUAUUCUUGCAAUUCUGUCCUGAUCGGUGUAAAUAUAAGCUUUGACAAUAUUUGCCUGUUCUUUCAGUAAUACUCCAGUUCUGUAUUGCCAACUGACUCUUAGUUUGACUGUGCACAUUCCACCUGAUACUGUGACAAAUGAACUCAAAUUCAACGUGUCUCACUCUCUGGCAAAUGACAAGCCUGAUUUCAGGUUUAAGGAUCAAUAUUUUGACCAUUCCUUCAAAUUUUACAUUUCAGUAUAAUAGCUGUGGUCUUCAUUCUCCUCCCAUUGUGUCCUGAAUGCAACAUGGUCUGGUGGUAAUACAGUGUCACAGGCCAACACAGAUGGAAUGAAGGGAAACAUUCAAAGUGAUGCUUUCACACAGCGUGUUAUUAAAGCCAGUGAGGCAGACAUUCAGUUCACAGGGAAUCUCAAAAAGAUUCAAUGAGCAGGGAUUAUAGGGAGAUGGGUAAAGAGUCAGAGACUGGGAUUGGAAGAGAUAAUACGAGGUGAAGAGGUAUGCCCAGCACAAUGGAUGGAACAGCUUCCUUCUAGAAUCCAUUUUAUUCCAUUUUGGGGAUAUUGGCAUUGCUGGCAAGGCUGGCAUUUAUUACCCAUCUUUAAUUCCCCAAGAUGCUAAUGAUACAACCCAGUGUCUUGCCAGAACACUUCAGCGGGCAUUUGAGAGUAAAACACACUAGUUCAGGACUGGAGUAUAAGGCAGUCUGGACAAGAACUAAAGCAGAUUUCCUUCCCUAAAAGAUGUUGGUGAACUGCUUGGAUUUUUACGACGAUCCCUCAUGCUUCAUGGUCACUUUUACUGAUAUUGACUAUUAUUAAUUCCAGAUUUCUUUUUAAACUGAAUUCAGAUUCACAAGGUGUGGUGUUGGGAUUUGAACUCAGUUUCUCUGGAUUGUUGAUGUAUUUCCCAUUGUUGGUAAAUAGAAGUGUCAAAGUAAACGCUAAGCUGUUUGAAAUGCACUAAAAGAGAAAGCUGAUUUGUAAGCUUCAAAUUGUUUGGAAUGAUAUUUUCAUUUGCACUCUCUAAGAUUCAUCAUAUGUUUAUGCAAAUCAUGGGAUUUUGUUUUAAGCUUUCCAGUCUUAUUUCCCGUUCAGCCAUCUGAGGUCCACACUGUCUGGCACCCUUGCCUCAAGUCCAGUCGAUCGCACCCACUGUAUUGCUUCCGACAUGUAUAGCUGCCUAUCCAGUUGUAGCAUCCUUCCACCUAAAAUGUACACUAGCACUGCGUGCUGCACUCCGCCCCAAUUCCCCUCCUCUUCACCGCAGCCCCCCCCCCCCCAACCCCCACCCCCACCCCCACCCCCACCCCCACCCCCACCCCAACCCCCACCCCAACCCCCACGGUCAUUGGCCAAGCCUUUAUUUGCCCUGUCCCCCACCACCUGGCCCAUUCAGAAACUCUCUCACACCCUGCUGCUCCCCCCUGCCAAACCCAUUCCUCCCCCUCUUCAGAAAUGUUAUUCAAACCUACCUUGUGGAUUGGGAUUUCCUUUGUCAUCCUCCUGCUGUUGCAUCAGGGCUGCCCUCUCGCCCAACUCUAAGGCGUCUGGCAUCUUAACCGGGCCGUGCUGUACAACUGCAGCUCCUUGGUGUUUUGCUCAGGUCCCCGUCAUUUGCACGAGUUGGUAUUUUCAAAGUGAGCUAGCCUGCCUCAGGGCCGGUACGGCCACACCUGAUGUCCCUCAUCACUCCCAAUGUUCCUGCAUGCAUACUUCCAGCUUGGAUUGUGAUCAGGACUACGAACGCUUAAGGGGCAUCUGUCACUUCCCCCUGCUGCCACUCCAACUCUCCAGAAACCAAGGGGAACAGAUUAGAAUCCUUCCAAAGUGGCAGGUGACCAGGCACUGGAUGAGGAGAGGGAUUUGGGAACGCAGGUAUAUGACUCACUUAGGGUGAAUGCAGAGGGAGAAAACUCAGUAUAGAGUCAAUGUUGAUCUUUAUGACAGGCAUUGGAGCACACACAGUGGAAAUGGUGCUUCCAUUGUACAGUGUGUCAGUUAGAUCCCAUCUGGAGUUCACCAUUUAGCUGCAGGCACUGCACCUCAGGUUUUUAGAAAUUUAUUCGCAGGAUGUGGACACCACUGGCUAGGCCAGCAUUUAUUGCCCAUCCCUAAUUGCCCAGAGGGCAGUUAAGAGUCAACCACAUUGCUGUGGGUCUGGAGUCAUCCAGGUAGAGAUGGCAGAUCCCUUCCCUAAAGGACAUUAGUGAACCAGAUGGGAUUUUCCCAACAUUCAAUUUGUGGUCAUCAUUAGACUCUUAAUUCCAGAUUUUUAUUGAAUUCAAAUUCCACCAUCUGUUGUGGCAGCAUUCGAACCCAGAACAUUACCUAGGUCUCUGGAUUGACAGUCCAGUAAUAAUUCCAUUAGGCCGUCACCUCCCUUACGUAGACGACGAUAGAAUGAUGUUAAGGACGAUGACAGAUUGUGUACAUUUGGUUAGUGUUUCCUUGCAUUCAGAGUGUUGAGGGUUCAUACAGAAAGAGAUAUUUGAAAGAAUCGGGCAGGGCAGUUUAGAUAAAUGGGAGCUAUUUCCUCUGACAGCAGAACCCAUGAAGGGAGCAGAACCCAUGAAGGGAGCAGAACCAGAACCUCCUGUUGACAGCUGGGCCACUCAGGGGGGAUGCCAGGAGGAACUUUUGUCGUUACACAGAGGGCAGUGGAAUUCUGGGACUCUCUGCCUUGAAAGCUGUCCAUCCUGUCAUUCAAUUCGCAUUUUCAAGACUGGCAUCAAACAAUUAUCAAGUCAGAAAGUUGUGGAUCAAAGGCAGGUAAAUGAAACUAAAGCCCCUGUCAUUUGUGGUGUAACUAAGUGGUAAUGCAGGCUUUAAAAGGCCUUCCCAACCAGUCUGUUUUGACUCUAUUUUAUAUCAGGAGUUGUAUUUGGACAGUAAACCCAAGCUUAUUUUAACAAGAAGUGGAUUGGGACCCAGUUUAAGGUUAGAAUGCAGUCGUUCAUAGCGAGAGGAGAAAAGUUUGGAAAUUGUCUCAUCUAAAGGAAGUUCAGUUAGAAUUCCAGUGGGAUCAGCUCACUUUCCUAUACUGUUCCCAGUGUUACAACUUCUCAAGGAGUGAGAGAAGUGGGAUUGAGUCAGUGUGCGUCUCCAUCCAGUGUCAGAGGCAUCCUGUAUAUCCCAGCCCUCCCGGCUGCUCCCCUCCCUCCCCCCAACCCCCGUAUGAUGAAUUGUUCUUCAGUUACAGACUCUCAUCGCGAGCAUCAGCAGUCCCUCCGAUUCCUCCCCGCAGAGUGGCCUUUCCUCCCUACUUGAGCUCAGGCAGCAGGGCUAUUCAACCACAGGAAACCUCAUUUACCCACUACAGACAGCUGGCCCGUUCUUCAAAGCUGUGUAAUUGGCUGCCCCAUUACUGACACAGAGACUGCCCUUACUGACGAGGUGCAGCUCCUCAUCGUACAUCACCUACACGGUCAUAACCAACUCACUGCAGCAGCACCACCUGGGUUUGGGGGGGUGAGGGGGAGAGGAGGGGAGACUCCACAUGUAUGCCUCAAAAUUUAUUUUUUAGUAAUUGUGCUAUUGGUCUUUAAACUACAUUGCCUGUAUAUUAUAUAUAUAUAUUUUAUAUAUAUAUAUAAAAUAAUGUAUACAUAUAUAGUGUCUAGUUUAAUUCCCAGUAAUUCUUUUAGAGAAUCUUUCUCCACAGAGAACUUAUUGCACCAGUUCCAAGAUGAUGUGUAACUUUGGGUCUCACAUUGGUAUCAUCUGUUAUUCUCAUUUGUCCACGGUCAGCAGGAGAUACUCAGAAUUUUAUUGUUUAAGAAAUAAACAAUGCACUGUA